AAAAAAAAAAUAUCAAAUGCAAGGACAAAGAAAAUUUUUUGUUGGAGGAAAUUGGAAAUGCAACAAUACUUUAUAACAAAGUAAAGAUUUAGUUAAUAAUGUCUUAAACAACAUAAAAUUUGAUAACUAAAAAGUCGAAGUAGUUGUAUCUCCUGUUUCAGUCCAUAUCCCUUGGGUUUAAGAAAAUAUUUAAAAAACCAUUUAAGUAGCUGCCUAAAACAGUUCUGCGACAGGUUAAGGUGCUUACACAGGAGAACUUAGUGUCUAACAUUUAAUAGAUUUGGGUCUUAAAUGGGUUAUUUUGGGACAUUCUGAAAGACGUCAAUAUUAUCACGAAACAAAUGAUCUAGUUGCAUCUAAAGUUAAAUUAGCUGUUGAUAAUCACCUUUAAGUAAUAGCUUGUGUAGGAGAAUCUUUAGCUGAAAGAGAAGCAAACAGAACAAAUGAUGUUGUUAAAGAAUAACUUUAAGCUAUUAAAAGCAAAUUAAGUGAAGCUGAUUGGGUUCAUGUUGUUAUCGCUUACGAACCUGUAUGGGCUAUUGGAACUGGCAAAGUUGCUAGCCCUGAAUAAGCUUAAGAAGUACAUGAUUUUAUUAGAAAAUAUUUGACUAAUUAAGUUUCGCAAAAAGCUGCAUAAGAAACAAGAAUUAUUUAUGGGGGAUCUGUUACUGAAAAGAACUGUAAUGAAUUGAUUUCUUAAAAAGAUAUUGAUGGGUUCCUUGUAGGAGGAGCUUCUUUAAAAGCUGGAUUUGCUGAUAUUGUCGCUUCUUGCAAUAAUUCUUAACAAAAAUGAAUUAAAUAUUUAAAAUAAAAUAUUUAUUUAUAUAUUUUAUAGAUAUUUUAAUUAUUUUUUAUAUUUAAGAAAUAAAAAUAAUACAUAUUUAUAGAUCUUUUACAAUUUUUUAUUUU